CAGCUGAUUCAGAGUAGAGGAAAAAUAGUCGCCUCGAACAGAGAAAAAACCGAAGGGAUCAUUAGUCGUAAGCAAAUUGAGCAAUCACAAUCGAUUAUUUUCAAAAUAAUCGACUGUGAUUGGUCAAUUUGUUUAUGACUAAUGAUCAAUGACUCAUCGUAGAAUAUAAACAAAUAAUAAAAAGAAAUCGACUAUAUACGUGUACCUAAAUGACAAAAUAUCCUCUUCUAACAUGGUCAUAAAUAUCAUUAAAAAUAAUUUGUCAAGAUCAAUUGGAAAUUACUUGCAAGUUGCGUCUAAAUUAAGAUACUCUACAGAAAUGUCACUUGCAUAUAAAACAUUAGCGAUAUCUAUUCCGAAACCUUUUGUUUACAUGGUCAAAUUGAAUAGGCCAGAGAAACUGAAUGCGAUGAAUCCAAUUAUGUGGCGAGAGUUUAAGGAAUGUUUCGAUGGAUUAGCAGUCAAUCCCGAUUGCAGAGUAAUUAUUUUAUCUGCUGCUGGAAAAGCAUUUUGUUCAGGACUUGAUAUGCAAGGAAUGAUGGAAAUAGGUCAGAGUUUAGCACAACAUGAGGAUAUUGCACGUAAAUGCAGAGUUUUGGAGCCUAAAAUUAAAGAUUAUCAAGACUCAUUUACGGCCAUAGAGAAGUGUCCAAAACCUGUAAUAGCUGCUGUGCAUGGUGCGUGUAUUGGCGCAGGUGUGGACAUGAUAUCGACAACUGACAUACGAUAUGCUUCCUCUGAUGCAUACUUCCAAAUAAAGGAAGUUGACAUUGGUUUAGCGGCCGAUGUCGGUACACUUCAAAGAUUUCCAAAAGUUGUGGGAUCCGAUAGUUUAGCAAGAGAACUUGUAUAUACAGCACGAAAGUAUCCGGCGACUGAAGCAUUGGAAAGCGGAUUUAUAAGUCGCAUGUUGGACAAUAAAGAAAAUUUAUUGAAUAAAGCGAUAGAAAUUGCUGAAAAUAUCGCAAAUAAGAGUCCAGUUGCUGUGCAAGGUUCAAAAAUAAGUAUGAUAUAUUCCAGAGACCACUCUGUUCAAGAAGGAUUAGAUCAUAUUGCGAUGCAUAACAAGGCAAUGCUUCAGAGUGAAGAUUUCUUAAAUGCAGCUAUGGCACAAGCCAUUAAAGGUGAUCCUCCAAUAUUCUCAAAAUUAUAGUAUUUUAUUGUUAAUUAACAUGUUAUCUACAUUUAAUCAUUUAUUAAUUGUAAGAAAAAGUUGUCAAAUCUUUUUUCUAUUUUGA